UGGCCUCCCGAAGGGGCCCAGCCCGGGCUCCGCGGAAGAGGGGCUAGGAACUGGACAGGUCGGCCUUGGGCUGGGGUGGCUGGGGCGGAGCUUGGGUGCUAGGAUGCGGGUCCCGGGAGCGGGCACGGCCUCCGUGGCCUCGCUGGCGCUGCUGUGGCUGCUGGGACUGCCGUGGACCUGGAGCGCGGCAGCGGCCUUCGGCGUGUAUGUAGGCAGCGGCGGCUGGCGCUUCCUGCGCAUCGUCUUCAAGACUGCGCGGCGGGACCUCUUCGGCCUCUCCGUGCUGAUCCGCGUGCGCCUGGAGCUGCGGCGGCACCGGCGCGCGGGCCGCGCCAUCCCGCACAUCUUCCGGGCCGUGGCGCGGCGGCGGCCCGAGCGCCCGGCGCUGGUGGACGCGGGCAGCGGCGCGUGCUGGACGUUCGCGCAGCUGGACGCCUACUCGGACGCCGUGGCGCGCGUGUGUGGCCGGCUGGGCCUGGCGCCCGGCGACGUGGUGGCCGUCUUCCUGGAGGGCCGGCCCGAGUUCGUGGGGCUGUGGCUGGGCCUGGCCAAGGCCGGCGUGGUGGCCGCGCUGCUCAACGUGAACCUGCGGCGCGAGCCCCUGGCCUUCUGCCUGGGCGCCUCGGGGGCCAAGGCGCUGGUCUACGGCGGGGAGCUGGCGGCAGCCGUGGCCGAGGUGAGCCCGCAGCUCGGGAAGAGCCUCCUCAAGCUGUGCUGCGGGGCCCUGGGGCCCGAGAGCCUCCUGCCGGACGCGCAGCUCCUGGACCCCGCACUGAAGGAGGCGGCAGCCGCUGGCCCGCGCGCGCUGCCUCCCGGCCAGGGCAUGGACGAACGGCUCUUCUACAUCUACACGUCGGGGACCACGGGGCUGCCCAAGGCGGCCAUCGUGGUGCACAGCCGGUACUACCGCAUGGCGGCCUUCGGGCACCACUCCUACAGCAUGCGGGAGUCGGACGUGCUCUACGACUGUCUGCCCCUGUACCACUCCGCAGGGAACAUCAUGGGCGUGGGGCAGUGCAUCAUCUAUGGGCUGACGGUGGUCCUGCGCAAGAAGUUCUCUGCCAGCCGCUUCUGGGACGACUGCGUCAAGUACAACUGCACGGUGGUGCAGUACAUCGGGGAAAUCUGCCGCUACCUGCUGAAGCAGCCCGUGCGCGAGGCUGAGCAGAGGCACCGCGUGCGCCUGGCCAUGGGCAAUGGCCUGCGCCAAGCCAUCUGGGAGGAGUUUGCACAGCGCUUCGGUGUGCCGCAGAUCGGCGAGUUCUACGGCGCCACUGAGUGCAACUGCAGCAUGGCCAACAUGGACGGGAAGGUCGGCUCCUGUGGCUUCAACAGCCGCAUCCUGACCCACGUGUACCCCAUCCGGCUGGUGAAAGUGAACGAGGAGACCAUGGAACCGCUUCGCGACGCCCAGGGCCUGUGCAUACCCUGCCAGCCCGGGGAGCCUGGCCUCCUGGUCGGCCAGAUCAACCAGCAGGACCCACUGCGCCGCUUCGAUGGCUACGUCAGUGACAGCGCCACAGACAAGAAGAUCACACACAGCGUGUUCCGCAAGGGUGACAGCGCCUACCUGUCAGGGGACGUGCUGGUGAUGGACGACCUGGGCUACAUGUACUUCCGGGACCGCAGCGGGGACACCUUCCGCUGGCGCGGGGAGAACGUGUCCACCACGGAAGUGGAGGGUGUGCUGAGCCGCCUGCUGGGGCAGACGGACGUGGCCGUGUACGGGGUGGCUGUGCCAGGGGUGGAGGGGAAAGCGGGCAUGGCCGCCAUCGCAGACCCCCACCGGCAGCUGAACCCGGACGCCAUGUACCAGGAGCUGCAGAAGGUGCUGGCGCCCUAUGCCCGGCCUAUCUUCCUGCGCCUGCUGCCUCAGGUGGACACCACAGGCACCUUCAAGAUCCAGAAGACAAGGCUGCAGCGAGAGGGCUUUGACCCCCGCCAGACCUCAGACCCGCUCUUCUUCCUGGACCUGAAGCAGGGCCACUACCUGCCGCUGGACGAGGGGGUGUACAGCCGCCUCUGCGCGGGCGCCUUCGCCCUGUGAGGGUCCCCCGGGCCGGGCCCUCGCCGCCGUGCCUUAGCCCGGCACACCCCGCGGGACGCCUGGCUGCGGCCUCCGGAGGAGCCGGAGGUCGGUUUCUUUUCCUUCUUUCUGAGGCCGUCUGCGGUGUGGCGGCCGGGCCCUUCCGAGGGGCUGUCCACCCACCUUCCUCCUCCCAGGUCCUGGAAGCCUCUGGAACGGACCGCGACCCGGCC